AUGUCUAAAGACACUAAAGUGAGACCAACUCAAACCCAGAUGAGGUAUUUGGUUGAUCUAAUGGCCAAUGAUCAACAAUUGUGUUCGGGCAAGUUUACUAAAAGUUUUACACAUAAAAUUGCUCAACAAAGAUGGGAAAGCAUCUCUAUUCAAUUAAAUGCAUUACCAGGUGCGGAGAAGAGUUGGAAUAAGUGGAAGAAAACAUGGCAAGAUACUAGAAACAUAACAAAAUCUAAAGCGGCAGCGAUUAAAAGGCACAUAGGAGGUACAGGGGUAGACGGAAAAAAAAACCAAGGAAAAAAAAACCAAGGAAAAAAAAACCAAAAAAAAAAAACCAAAAAAUAA